AUGGAGAAAUUACAUGAAAAUGAAGUAAAAAACCUUGCACAAGAAACAAAAACGUCCUCUACGGAUCAUAUAAGCUCGAUAUUUAAGCGACCGAAAAUUAAAUCUUCUUCCUUGAACAAAGCAUAUUUGGGAAAGACAUCCACACCAGCUUGUUCUAAUGCUGUCAACGGGGUUUCUGGAGGUCCUCCUAAGAAUGCUCAAGCACCCGGUCGCAUAGAUGGAUCCAUCUCACCUUCUACGAAUGCAGGAUCAAAUAACUCGACCCCUAAAAGUGCUUCUGCUUCUUUAGCAGCGGCGGUUCCUGAGGUUAUUGAUGAUUCGGCACGAUUGAAUACUGUAGAUCAUGCUUCACCAACUACAGGCGUCAAACAUGCAUCUAGUGUCGGCCAUACUGCUGCCCAUAAUAAGGUCCGCCUGUCUAUCAAACUAAGCACUAGUGGAAAUGUAAGCGGGGCAGGCACCCCGAAGGCUGUUACUAGCAACACCAAUCCUUGGGCAGUCCGUUCCGCCGAACGCUUAUCAUCAAAUACUACUACGAAUAGAACAGCAUCUCCUGAGAGUAUAGAUACUCAAAUAGAAAACAAAAAGGGAGCUACUUCUUUAUAUGCGUCUGCUGCUGCGGCCGCCGCCCGCCAUUCGACUUCAGCUGCUCUAGCUUCGUAUGCUGGGACAAUUUAUGAUUCUAGUGGCAAUGUUAUUAAGGGACUUGAGAAUCCAAGCUCAUUGUCCGCUUCUUCUAAUCAAUCUCAAGAUGGUUUGUCUAACGUCGAUGCAAAAAGUGUGCAAGCUCUCGCUGUUUCCGCCUCCUCUUCCUCCAGUCGUCUUCACCAAACCGAGAAAAACCAAGACACUCAAAGUAAGGAAAAUACCACUACACAGAAUAAAAAUGACACUGCCUCUGGUUGUGAAGAAGUAUCACCAACUCGUCUUCCUUCUCCAACAAGCGUCCGUCGUGCUUCUCACUUCUCUGAGGGAAAAUGGGAUGAAAUUGACGAUGAGGAUGAUGAUGAUUGGGGAAGUACAAUCGAGUUCGAAGAUGGAACUACGGUCGUUAUUGACGCCAAAACUAGAAAAUAUGAGCCUUUAAAAACCCCUGAACAUGAAAAACCGGAACCGGAACCUUCCUCCUCACACUCCCAAUCCGCGUCUCAUACAUUUUCUUCAACUUACACUAGUUCCGAUAUUAAUGCCUCGGAAACGCCGAAACCUGAUUUGGUUGAUAAUGCACCUACCAAUUCCGAACUUCUUUCCGAUGAAAUCCCUAUAGCUUCUUCUGGCCCAACUGAACAAGCAAGUGGAGAAAUUAGAGGAAGAUCUAUUGAAAAGUUAGAUUACAGCAAGUCAACACUCGAGAAGGAGCCCGAUGCUCCACAAGACACUGUUGCCUCUUUUGAAAGCGAGGAAGCUACCAAGGUUGUGGAACAGCCUACUUCUGAUUUAGAUCAAAGCGCUUCUUCUCCUUCAAUAGCCGUAAACACUCUUCGAGAAGAACAACAGCGUGUAAUGUCAGAAGCCCGUCAAAAAGCCGUUGAGCGUAGGCGUCAAGAAGACGAGCAACUCGCGCAAUCAAGAGAACGAGCUCGGAAAAAAGCAGAAGAGAUCAGACUAGUGACUGAGUCAAGAGAACCUGGUAGUCCUUUGGACACAUCCAACGUCAACGAUGUUAAGGACGAUCAAGUUUCACCAACUCUACUCAACGUUCAGCAAAAGCAAGACGAUGUAGAUUUUUCUUCUUGGAGAGACAAUGAUCAGCCUAUUCCUCCUGUUCAACCUAUUAUGAAUUUGGAGAAGUCAGGAAAUCUUCGUUCUUCAGUUGGUAGCGAUGAGAACGCAACUCGUCACAGCAAAUCUAGAAGCAUAGAUGAAGUUAUUCUCAGUAUUAAGGAUGUUAUUUUUGAUAACAAUCUUUAUAAACAGCGUACCUUUCAAAGCGGUACUUCUCAAUUGCCUGUUCGUCCUCAUCAGGAACAGCUGAGUAGCUCCCGAUACUCGUCGGCUGUAACCUCUCCUUAUUCCGACAAGAUGAAAUCUUCUUUCGAUUCGAAUAACGUUUUACACAACAGGCCUCACGGUACCGCCAAAAUUUCUCGUCCCCGAGGAGACGUGAUACUGAACAUUCGUUUUCCUUAUUCGAACCCAACGCGUAAAUUGUCUACUAGGUCAUUAAGAUUAGAGGAGUUGAAACCAUUGGAAGAAAAAGUUCCAGUGUUUCGAUCAUCCUCAAAACAACCACUUCGUAUUCAUCCUAGUCAACCUUUUCGAGUUACUGUAAGCUUACCUGGAGAAAAAGCUGUACAAGUACUCAGACGCUCUUUUCGUAAUACUAUGAAUCCCAAUCAUUAUGAUCCUCAUCGCCGGGAGCGAAUAGAUACGGGCUUUUGGCGAUCGGCAGCUUGA